AUGUUUUCACCUGACGGAGCUUUCAUCAACACGAGCGAGAUACUCAGCGAUGCCGAGGCUCAAGCAAUCCACAACAGAGUUCAGGACGAGGUUGCCGCUGGUAAUAUUGCUGACGGACGUGUGGGAAAGUUCAAAAACGAUCCUCAAUUCGCAGCAGCUAAAGCAUAUACCGAUUCAGAGGUUUCCAAGCGACUGACCGCGGCUAUUUUACAGGCUGAGGUUGAAGCUAGGGCCGGACAGGGAGAUGAGGAUGCAGCUGACUCAUUGAAUGAUUCUGAAGCAUCUGCAACACGACUACUGGAACAGUACAAAGGUUUUGUCCUCUCCAAGCUGGCUUUAUCAGAGAAAGUUCAGAGCCAGAUACGCGGGCUGUUUCAAAAGUACGGUUGGCCAACAGUCUGGCAGUCUCUUGACUCAAUCGAGGGCUGCGAAGGCGGGCUGAAUUGGGGGUGGCAGGCCGUGGAUGAUCAGCUACUCUUGACGCUGAGGAGGAGGGAAUUGCUGAAGAUUGAGGAUUUGGCUGAGUACAUCUUCAUUGGUAUGAGGGCUAGUCAGUGUCUUGCGCAGUAUAAAGCUCUGGAUAAAGCUCGGCCAAGGGGGCGGGAUGGAGGCGAGCUCGAGGGUGAGAUUCAGGAAUAG